AUGGAGAAAGCGGUGCUCUGCCUAGUCUUGAUCUUGGUAGCCUUGCUUGGCUGCAAGGGUGAUCCAGAUAUUGUCACAGAAGGCGACUACGUCAGGAUCAAACGUAGCUUGCUGGCGAUCCUGAUACUGUUCCCCGUCAUGAUGCUGGCCCUCGCCCUCGCCAUCGUCAAGUACCUGACGCCCAAGGGAAGAUCAGACGAUGACACCAUCGGCUCGUCCGACGACGAGAUGAAGGUGCACGGCGGGGAGGUGAUCAACCGGUGGUCGGGGCUGUACAGGUUCACCAAGGCCGAGAUCGAGCGGGCGUUGGACUACGCCAACAGCCGGAUCUACCUGGGGUCCGGCAGCGCGGGGCAGGUGUACCAGGGGGUGCUGCCCAGCGGCCAGCUCGUGGCCAUCAAGCACAUCCACCGGACGGCCAUGUCCGGCUCCUUCACCAGGGAGGCGGACGGGCUGUCCAAGGUCAGGCACCCCAACCUCGUCUGCCUCUUCGGCUACUGCGACGACGGCAGCGACCAGUACCUCGUCUACGAGUACUGCGCCAAUGGCAACCUUGCCCAGAAUCUCCUCAGAAGUGACUCUGUGCUCUCAUGGCCGACAAGGGUGAAGAUCCUUAGGGACUGUGCAUCUGUACUAAGGUUCCUUCACACACACUCCGAUGGGUGCAUUGUACAUAGAGAUAUUAAGCUUACCAACAUCUUGCUGACAGAGGACAUGGAGCCUAAGCUGUCUGAUUUUGGGCUGGCAAAAAUGCUGCAAAUGGAGGAGACCAAGGUCUUCACCGAUGUGAGGGGAACCAUCGGCUACAUGGAUCCGGAGUACAUAACACACUCCAAGCUUACCUGCGCAAGUGAUAUCUACAGCUUUGGUGUGGUUGUGCUGCAGCUUCUGUCAGGAAGAAAGGUCAUAGAGCUUGACAUUGUUGCGCGCGAUUCUCUCACCAAGAAGGCAAAAGAUGUCGUAACUGGGAAAAAACCACUGGAUGAAUUCAUAGACUCGCGCGUUCGAGAUGAAGUUAAUAUCGAAGAUUUUGUAUUGAUAUUAAAGAUUGGAGUCCUCUGUGUGGCACACUCUAGCGUAGGACGUCCAACAAUAAAAGAUGUGUACGAGGAGAUGGACAAAGCAUGGAGAAAUACAAACACAAAGGCUACUAGGUCAAGGAAGGAGAUAAAUUCGUCAAAUACAGUACAGUAUGCAAAAGUGAUAGAUGUGUAGUUCACAUUUUGUCCAAACAAAGAAGAACAAUAGCGUGGAAUAUGCAAGAGCACACUUUUCACAUGAACUGCAGAAGAUGCUUAAUAUGCCAAAGCUAUACAAAAGGAGUAUUGCACUUACGAACUGUGAUAUUCCCUCUAGGUUACCUACGUACUUAGUUGUAUAUGCACAGUACAAAGAGCAUGAAACGGCAACUUCCGAG